UUAAUUGAAAAGGACAUCAUGGAUGCCAUUUACGCAGAUAGCCUUCAAUAAAAUUGUUUCAUGCUCACUGGAAAAGGAUCAUGAGAGAAAGGAAGAUCCUAUCAAGUAGAGUUUCACCCAAUCAAUGGAAGGCUUUGCCAUUCUUCUUCUGCUUCUUCUUCUUCUUUGUUCCUUUGUCAUCUCUAAUCUAACUGUAUCCAUUGCAGUAGACACCUUGAAUGCAACUAAUCAGUCAAUUAGAGAUGGUGAGAUGAUAGUUUCAUUAGGUGGAAGGUUUGAGCUAGGUUUCUUUAGCCCACCUUCCAGCACCAACAGAUUCGUGGGAAUCUGGUACGGGAACAUAUCUGUCCCAACUGUUGUCUGGGUGGCCAACAGAGAAGCACCCCUCCAAGAUUUGUCCGGUGUUCUAAAACUUACCAACCAGGGGAUUUUAGUUCUUCUAAAUCAUAAUGGGAGCACUGUUUGGUCCUCCAACUCAUCCAGGCCUGCUCGUAGGCCAGUUGCGCAGCUCUUGGAUUCAGGAAACCUCAUCGUCAAAGAGGAGAAUGACAAUAAUCCUGAAAACUUCUUGUGGCAAAGCUUUGAUUAUCCAUGUGAUACAUUGCUAUCAGGAAUGAAGCUCGGAAGAAACUUUAUCACAGGCCUGGAUCGUUAUCUGUCAUCCUGGAAGAGUCUUGAUGAUCCUUCCCAUGGUAAUUUUACUUACAGGUACGACAUCGGUGGAUUUCCAGAGUCUGUACUGAGAGAUGGUUCAGUUGUAAUAUUUCGUCCUGGUCCCUGGAAUGGUUUGCGCUUUAGUGGCGCACCUGGACUAAAACAAAAUCAUUUAUUUACAUUUGAAUUUGUGUUAAAUGAGAAGGAGGUAUAUUUCAGCUACAAACUUCGUAAUAGCUCAAUUCUUUCAAUGAUGGUGUUAAAUUCUGAAGGAUCCUGGCAACGCAUGAAAUGGAUUGAGGAAACACGAAGUUGGGAAGUUUAUUUUAGAGUACAAAUGGAUAACUGUGACAAUUAUGCACUCUGUAGUUCAUAUGGUAGCUGCAAUGCAAAUAAGGCCCCACAAUACUGCAGUUGCCUGAAAGGAUUUGUGCCAAAAUUUCCAGAAAAAUGGAACAACAAACUUUGGUCAAACGGGUGUGUUCGUAAGACUCCAUUAAACUGCUCUAGUGAUGGAUUUCUAAAGCACUCUGGAGUAAAGCUACCAGAUUCGCGACAAUCCUGGUUUAACUACAGUAUGAAUCUUGAGGAGUGCAAGAACCUUUGCAAAAAGGACUGCUCGUGUACAGCUUAUGCAAAUUUGGAUAUAAGAAAUGGCGGAAGUGGAUGCUUGCUUUGGUUUGUUGACCUGGUUGACAUUAGGGAGUUAACUGAAAACGGACAAGAAAUUUAUAUACGAGUGGCUGCAUCAGAACUUGGUAUGAAACCUGUUAUCCUUAAACUUCAACAAGGAAAGAAUGAAAGAAGGAGGAUCGCCUUCAUCUGUAUGUUCUCUAUAGCAGUGUUGAUUCUUGGCCUAGCCCUGGUCUUCUAUCUUUGGAGAAUGUCAUGCGGUAAGAAACCAGGAUUGCUGACAGCAGUUCCUGAAAGCAGUUCUAAUGUUAAAAAUCAGAAGGAAGGUCUAGAGUUACCAUUAUUUGACUUCGCCACAAUUGCUUGUGCGACUGGUAACUUUUCGACAGCAAAUAAACUGGGAGAAGGUGGCUUUGGAUCUGUCUAUAAGGGCAUCUUGAAGGAUGGACAAGAGAUUGCUGUAAAGAGGCUAUCAAGAAGUUCUAGUCAAGGACUUCAUGAAUUUAAAAAUGAAGUACUACACAUUGCAAAACUUAAGCACAGGAAUUUGGUGAAGCUUUUAGGAUGCUGCAUUCAAGGAGAUGAAAAGAUGCUGAUCUAUGAAUUUAUGUCUAACAAAAGCCUGGACUUCUUUAUUUUUGAUCAAUCUCAAAGCAUAUCACUUGAUUGGCCUAUGCGUUACCACAUUAUCAAUGGAAUUGCUCGUGGGCUUCUUUAUCUCCAUCAAGAUUCAAGACAAAGAAUUAUACAUCGAGAUCUUAAAGCUGGUAAUGUUUUAUUAGACCAUGAAAUGAAUCCUAAAAUUUCAGACUUUGGGAUGGCUAGAAGUUUUGAAGAAAAAGAAACUACAGCAAAUACGAAGAAUGUGGUGGGAACAUAUGGUUACAUGGCUCCUGAGUACGCAAUUGAUGGGCUCUACUCCAUUAAAUCUGAUGUGUUUAGCUUCGGUGUCCUGGUGCUAGAGAUAGUGAGUGGGAAGAGAAACAGAGGAUUCUGUCAUCCGGAUCACCAACUUAAUCUUCUUGGACAUGCAUGGAGACUAUUUACAGCAGGAGAACCGAUGGAGUUGAUUUCAUCUCCAAUUAGGGAGACCUGCAAUCCAUCAGAAGUGUUACGAUCGAUUCAUGUGGGGCUGUUAUGCGUGCAGCAAAGUUCAGAAGAUAGACCAAACAUGUCCAAUGUGGUUCUGAUGUUGGGAAGCCAUGGCCCCUUGCCUCAGCCAAAACAACCAGGUUUUUUCACUGAAAGGGAUCUGGUAGAAUCUAGUUCUUCAUCAACCAGCCACAAACUGCUAUCAUCUAAUGAUUGCACGAUUUCACAGUUAGAGGCAAGGUGAAUAAAUGUCCUUUCAUGUUAAUUGUAUGUGUCAGAGUACCAAGUAAUCAACUCUUAGAACUGAUUGUGUUGUUGUAUUAUAUUUACCGUCUUUUGUAGUGUCUUCUGUUCAAUUUUUCAUGUUCAAAAUUUAGACGAUUAAGGUUCCUUAUUAUAGUUCAAAAAGUUACUUCUAGAAUUGAUGUUCUCAACAGCUAUAGAAAGAGUUCAUUUCUAAUAUUGAAUCUUUCAAUAAGGCACUUAU